AUGCGAUCGCUUCUUCUCUCCCUUCACCGCAUAACUCCACUCUCGAGGCAUCAACGAUACGCUUUUACUCCUUUUCAUGAGAAGGUUGCAGGGCCUCUAGUGGAAUACGAACGGAGAAUCGUAGCUGAAGAGCUUCUGGAUGGAGAUUUAUGUCAGCUUGGUAUCUUGAGAGAACUUCAGAGACUCUACAACGAGCUUGUUCAAUACGCUGAUGCUUGUCGUUUGGAUCGUUAUUCCGCAUCCGCAAAACCCACAAGGUUUCUUGGAUAA